AUGGAAGCAACUGCAAGAAUCUUCAGUACUUCUCCUCUCAAUCGUCGUCUCCUUCUCACCAAAAUCAUUGUAAAACCAGAUUCACGUUCGAUCAAAUCCAGAAACCAUCUCCGUUUCCCCUUUCACAAUGCCGCCGUCGCUCGUACUCGAUGCUCUUCGCUUCCUCCUCCGAAUGCGAAUCUCUUCAAAUCCUUCUUCUCGCUAACGUCAACGUUUCGUCUCGAGAACUCCGCCGUUCACGCUAACCCAUUCCGAUCCGAACCUAACGACGGCGUCGCCGUGUGGAACAGAGCUCCACGGAUCGUUAACGGAGGUGGAAACGCGACGGUGUUCGGAAGGAACGGGAAAGAGACGACGGUGGUUCUUCUCGGUUGGUUAGGAGCGAAAGCGAAACACCUAAGGAGAUACGUUGAGUGGUAUAACUCCAGAGGAAUUAACGCCGUUACUUUCACCGUCGACGUUAGGGAUUUACUCCGGUUAGAUCUUGGACGGCGACUUGAACGGCGGAUUGCUGAAUUUGGUAACGAAUUGGUCAAUUGGGUAUCUGAGAAAGAAGAAGACGGUAGAGAAAAAUGCUUAGUGUUCCAUAGUUUCAGUAACACUGGUUGGCUUGUCUAUGGUGCUUUGCUUGAGAGCUUCGUGGGUAGACAAGAGUUAGUAGAAAAGAUUAAAGGUUGUAUCAUCGACUCGGGAGGAGCAGAUCCUCUAGAUACAAAGAUUUGGGCAGCGGGUUUUACCGCUGCUAUACUGAAAAAGCGUAGCUCCACCAUAAACACAGAACCAAACAGUUUCAUAAACGAAGAGGACGCUUCAAACCCGCAAAAGAAGGAACCUUUAGGAAUCGAAAACAUGAUGCUAUCAUCUUUAGAGAAACUCUUCCCCAUCCUCCUAAACAUCCCAGACGUCAACAGGAGGCUAACGAAAAUCAUCGAGAAACUCUAUGAGAACCAUCCUCCAUGUCCUCAGCUUUAUCUUUACAGCUCCGGGGACAAAGUAGUCCCGUCCCAUUCCGUAGAGCUUCGGAUCAAAGAACAACAGAAGAUGGGAAGAAAGAUACAUUCUUUCAAUUUCAGGCUAUCUCCUCAUGUCGAUCACUACAGGAACUUUCCUGAUUUGUACACUUCACAGCUUCAAAACUUCUUGCAAGAAUGCUUCACGACAACAAAACAGCAAGAAGCUCUAUGA